CCAUAUAAUUUCGGGACGUGUCACGUGUUCUUCUGGACGCUCAUGUGAAAUGGUGGUCUGGACCAAUAGGGUGGCGCCGUUUCUCCUGGGCAGAGCAAAAGGAAGAGGGGAAAAAAAUCCCAUCGCAAUUUUUAAUCUUGCAACGCUGAAAGUGCUCGUCAUCUACUGUAUACUGCGCUGCAUAAAGUAGGUGACCGGUUGGCUCACUCCACCAUCACACUUGUGUUGGUCCUUCAACUCCUGUUUCACGUGAUCACAUCCCUUAUACCUGCACAAUCUUGACAUGGAGCCCAUCAAGGUCCAAUCAGAAGGUGGACUGAAUGUGACCCUCACCAUCAGGCUGCUGAUGCAUGGCAAGGAGGUUGGAAGCAUCAUAGGAAAGAAAGGAGAGACUGUGAAGAAAAUGCGUGAAGAUAGUGGAGCACGUAUUAACAUCUCAGAGGGGAACUGCCCUGAACGAAUAGUCACCAUUACUGGCCCAACAGACGCCAUUUUUAAGGCCUUUGCCAUGAUAGCCUACAAGUUCGAAGAGGAUAUAAUCAAUUCCAUGAGCAACAGCCCAGCAACCAGUAAACCCCCAGUAACCCUGAGGCUCGUUGUCCCGGCCAGCCAGUGUGGCUCCCUCAUUGGCAAAGGAGGCUCCAAAAUCAAAGAAAUGAGAGAGUCCACAGGAGCUCAGGUCCAGGUGGCAGGCGACAUGCUCCCAAACUCCACUGAGAGGGCGGUGACGAUCUCAGGGGCCCCGGAAGCCAUUAUUCAGUGUGUCAAACAGAUAUGUGUGGUGAUGCUUGAGUCCCCACCGAAAGGUGCCACCAUUCCCUAUCGCCCCAAGCCUGCCUCCACCCCUGUCAUUUUUUCAGGUGGCCAGGUAAGAGCAGACCCACUGGGGGCGUCCACAGCAAACCUCAGCCUCUUACUGCAGCACCAGCCACUGCCUGCUUAUACCAUUCAAGGACAGUACGCCAUCCCUCAUCCAGAUCAGUUGAGCAAGCUCCACCAGUUGGCUAUGCAGCAAACCCCCUUUACCCCCCUUGGACAGACCACCCCUGCCUUCCCCGCAGGUCUGGAUGCCAGUAACCAGGCCAGUACUCAUGAACUCACCAUUCCCAAUGAUCUAAUAGGCUGCAUAAUCGGACGCCAGGGAACCAAAAUCAACGAGAUACGUCAGAUGUCUGGGGCGCAGAUCAAAAUUGCUAACGCCAUGGAAGGGUCAUCAGAGCGCCAGAUUACCAUCACAGGGACCCCCGCCAACAUCAGCCUAGCUCAGUACCUCAUUAAUGCAAGGUUCAGAGACGUGGCGGCCAUGUGGAACGACCCAUCAUCUAUGACCACAUCCUGAGAUCCCUGACUGGCUCUUCCGAUUGGCCCUUUCCAGUGACUGACUACUGCAGACAAUUUUGAUGAAGCCCUUUGGACUCUGGCUCUGGCUCUUUGAAAACCCUGACCGCCUUCUUGCCCUGGUUCAAUGUUGUUUAUUAAUCAGGGACAGCUGGGUGCUCAUUUUUAUUUCAGGGAGCCAAAUCAUAUUAAAGAAAAAAGAAUCAGAAAAAGAAAUUCUUUGUUGAUUAGGUUGAUUAGAGAACUUUUUAAAGCAUGUUGAAUGUUUAUUAGGAACAGCUUGUGUUGAUCUUUCUUCUUGUUCUCUAUUGCUUUUUUCUUUCUCUGUCAGUGCUGCGUCAUAGAACAACAUUUAAUAAUAUAGGAAGUACUAGUAAAAGAUUGAGCAUUUUUGUAGAACGUAGUAAUUUAUAACAAAUAUUACAGCUGCUCAGUGAUGCUAUCGGCACAGUGCGUGGUGGGAUGUAGCCAAAUGACAAAACUUUCAUAAUAUAUUUUAAAAAGACAAAAAAAUUGGACUGUUCUGCUUUCAAUCCUAAUUUGCAUCUUUGUCUUAACAAAUCCAAUCUCUACCCAUGACACUUUGCUGCAUCACAUGACCCUUUUAAGCCAAUGGUAUCACUCCUACAGCCUCUCUUCUCAUGGUGAUUUUCCUUUAUUUACAUUAUCGCUUAUAUUGUGUGUGUACGGUGUUGUACCGUGUGUGUAUUUGAGCCAGCCAGUUCGGUGCAUGUGUACCUUCCAAAUGUUAUUAUUGAAUCUCUGUGCUCCUGUUCUUUUUCGCAAAUGUUUUCAGCAUUUUUGGCCAUUUAUGU